UGUUUCCAAAUUUGUUGUUGUGUUUCUUGCUGGCUGCGAAUAAACUUUAAUUGGCACAAAGCUGACAUAAACAAUAAACAUUUUUGCACUGUGCAACGUCACAUACAAGACGACUGUCAGUUGAGCAAGAGCAAUGGAUCCCACUAUAUCUGUUUCAAAGGGCUGUUUUGUGUAUAAAAAUGGCGCAACAAGAGCCAACAAAAAGGAGCCCAGCAAACGUAAACGCAGUGGCCCAGCAGCGACGAGCAGCCUGCUGGGCAAGGAGAUCACCACGCAGCCAUUCUAUGCCGCCUACUCUGACUGCUGGAAACAGCUCCACGAACACAUCCAACAGCUGCAAAUGACGAGCAAUGCUCGAACGCUCGAGCAACUGGUGGAAUUUGUGGGCAUCGAGGGCCAUUGCCGGCUAGAUGAGGUGCUGCCCACAGCGGCGCUGCUGACGGGCAUCAAUCAGCCGGAUCACUUGAAGCAAUUCGAGACGCUAACGCAACGCUUGCAUUUGCAGAGAGUGGGUCGUGUUUCAGUGCUUCAAUCUCGUGAUUGUGCCACACUAAAAGCAGCCAUCGAAUCCAUGGUGUACAGCCUAAUGUACGAUCUGUCGGCAAUGCCUGAGAUGGAUGAGGAGGAGGCAGACGAGGGUGAGCGUGAUCGCAAGCGAUUGCGACGGACGCAGUGCACCCUAAAGCAACUUCACGCUUGGUAUUCGAAUAAUUUUGGUGGAGCUGGCAAACAACGUGCUUUGGUCAUUGUUCUACCCGACUUUGAGUGCUUCAAUGCGAAUGUGCUGCAGGAUUUUAUACUCAUACUCAGCGCACAGUGCGAACGCUUACCAUUUGUCCUAAUCCUCGGCGUGGCUACUGCAAUGACGACGGUGCACAGCACAUUGCCCUACCAUGUUAGCAGCAAGAUCAAGCUGCGUGUCUUUCAGACACAAGCAGCUCCAACGGGUUUGAAUGAGGUGCUUGAUAAAGUGCUGCUCUCUCCCAAAUAUGCAUUCCAUUUGUCUGGCAAGGCUUUCAAGUUUCUGACGCACAUAUUCCUCUACUACGACUUCUCCAUACAGGGUUUUAUACAGGGCUUCAAGUAUUGUCUCAUGGAGCACUAUUUUGCCGGCAACGCGUUUGCUUUGUGCACUGGCUACAGUCAGGCGCUGGGACGUAUCAAGCAGUUGUCGCAUGAGGAUAUGGAGACGAUCAGGCGUCUGCCCUCGUUUCGUCCGUAUGUGGAGCAGAUCAAUGAUUGCAAGCGGAUCAUUGCUGUGCUCACGGACGAUGAGUAUCUGAAGAAGAAGUUGCCGCAAUUGUUGCGCGAUUGUCUGCUGCACUUUAUGCUCUUCCGAUGCAGCCUGGAGUUCUUCACGGAGCUGGUCGGAGAUUUGCCACGCUGUCCACUGGGCAAAUUGCACCGGGAACUGUAUGUCAACUGUUUGAAUAAACCGAUCUCACAGCAGGCCGAGUACAAGGAAUGCUGGCAAAUCCUCAGCUUUAUGUCCAAGGAGGCGUUUGUAGCCAAGUUGUCCAAAUGCAUUUCGUGCACCGAACACUUUCUUAGCGAACAGAUAGCGCCACUUGAAUUGGGUGACGCCUGUGCCGAAGUCAUGCGUGCCGAGCUACAAACACUGAAGACGCUGCUCAACGAUGUGGAACUGGCGACAUUGGAGCAGCAGCCCCAUGUCAAUAGUGAAUCCCAUUUGUCGAGCGAUGCACGCGCUCUAACCGAUCUUACGCAGGUCGCCUCCCGGCAGGAGCUGAAGGCGCAACUGUUGCAACGCAGCAAACAGGAUAAGCAACAGUCGACGUCGGAAUAUGCACGUGCUCUGACCAAGAUCUUGGCACACAUUGAGGAGCAAUUGGUGUUGAAGCAUCUGCGUCCGUUGCAGCAGGCACCACCACUUCACGAACUCUACGUCUUCACGGACAUUGCAACUGUGCGGCGGAAUAUCAUUGGUGCACCUCGUGCCGCACUCCACACCGCACUGAACAAUCCACAUUUCUAUAUGCAAUGCAAGUGCUGUGAGCUGCAGGAUCAGACGCAGUUGGUCGGCACCAUGCCCGAUCUGUCAGUGGUCUAUAAAUUGCAUUUGGAAUGCGGUCGCAUGAUAAACCUAUUCGACUGGCUGCAAGCAUUCCGCUCUGUGCUGCGCUCCGCCGACGAGCAGGAGAACGCGGAAGUGUCUCAGGAACAUAUCGAUCCACAGAUUCAGGCACGCUUCACACGCGCUGUGGCCGAGCUGCAGUUUCUGGGCUACAUUAAAAUGUCCAAGCGGAAAACGGAUCACGCCACUCGCCUCACCUGGUAGAUUACUAAAUAAAUUGUAUGCACAAUUUUAUACAAUGUGUGGGAAUUUUUUUUACUUACAGUUGAGAAUGAUUAGAUUUGGUUAGAGUUGUACUUUACAUUUUUAUUAAAAUCCAAUAAAACUUCUUGUAUUUUUU